AUGGUCGGCUUCAGAGAGGCUCGGGAGAACUCGCGAGGGGUUCUCCCUUGGCCUCUCAGCCUUCUCCGAGCCCUCGCCUCCGCUCCAGAAAAGUGUAGGGGCCGGAGAAUGGAGGUUCAGAGACUCCAGAGCGCCCAACAGUUACAGAAGAUUCAACCCUGGAGACGGAAGAUCCAUAAAGCUGCCUCCAAUGGGGAUGUAAAGAAGGUGCAGCAGCUAUUACUGCACAGGAAGUCUGGCCUGAAAGAUCUAAAUAAAAUGAACUUAGAUGUGGUUUUAGGGCUGGAGUCCAAGGACUCCAUCAGGUUCACUUCAUCCAGAUCAUUCACACCUGACUUCCCCAGCAGCAGCAGCUGCACCUUCGCCUCAUCUCUAAUCGAGGCAGCUUUGUGGAUCUUCCCCACUGUCCCUCCGCGCCGGGAAGGAGGCUGCAGAGGGAGACGGCUCUCUCUUGUUGCCGAAACUGAAAAACUUUUUCAUUUUGCAACCGGGCUUCAGAGCGGAUCGGAAGAACUCGCGAGGGGUUCUCCCUUAGCCUCUCAGCCUUCUCCGGCCCUCGCCUCCACUCCAGAAAACUGCAAUGGCCGGAGACUGGAGCCUGAACUAGGGCCGAAAGCUCGGACCCGGCUGUUCCUCCGCUGGGGGAAGGAGGCUCCAGAGGGAGACAGCUCUCUUUUGCUGCCGAAGCUGAGUAUCUUCUUCAUCCUGAUGUCGGGCGUCAGAGAGGCUCGGGAGAACCAGCGACAGAUUUGUUUUUCGAAUUUAAACGUUCUCCGGCCCUCGCCUCCGCUCCAGAAAACUGCAAUGGCGGGAGACUGGAAGUUAAGAGCCUCCAGAGGAACCAGACUCUGUGACAAUCCUGGGGCUGAUGAUUCUUGUCCAACAGAUGAAGAAGAAUUAGAUUUUAGUACUAAGAAACUCACCAAGUCAAACUUAACUAAAAUAACAAACGCUUCUCAGCAAAUAAGGAAAAACAGAUGUUUUUCAAGGUCUUCCCAGAUGAUGUCUACUCUUCUGGGCAUUAAUAAGGGAGCAUCAACAGAAUCAGAGGAGGAAGAACAGGAAGAUGCUGUAUCAGUUGACAGUGGUGCUAGAGAACAAACACUUCCUGAAACGCCGUAUCUUCCCAAUGAAGUUCAGGCUCACCGUACAGCAGGGAAUCGUGCUGUUAGAAAAGAAAUGAUGUCAGCAUUAGGAUUAGAAGAGGAAGAAGAUUCAGAAUUUCCUUGGGAGUCAGAGGGUGCCACUGAAAGUCUGCACAGUGGAUCUGCCAGGCAUACACCUGCAGCCACAAAUCAAACAGUAAAAGACAGUAUUUCAAUGGGACAACGUGAAGAUUAUCUUGAGAGACAUCCUAAUUUGAAGCCCCUUCAACUCAGUAUUGAAAUGAAAGAUUCUUUCACAAACCAAGAAGUAGAAAAAGGAGUUAAGGAAAAACAAAAGUCAUAUUUAAUGGAAGAAUUUGGUUUAGAUGAUGCAGAUGACAUUGAUGAUUUAACACGAGAAUUGGAAUUUAAAGGAUCAUCGGAGGAAAGCCAAGAAAGUUUUGAUGAAAGUGACCCAGAACAGAAUAAAGUUACUUUAGAAACAGCCAACAUACCAGAGCAAACAGCACCUAAGAAACAAGUAAAGCCACUUAGUUUUCCACUUUCCCUGAAAAAAAUGUCUCAAGGACUAGAACCCAAUAAGGAAUCGGAUUUAGAUGCAGAAUCAAACUGGGAAGAAAGGUAUGAAAAAAUGUGGGUUGAAGACGAGAAAAUGGAAGUCAAAAAGAAUUUUAAAAUUGUAGCAACUGAGUUAAAGCAGAUAUUUGGAGAAAUUUAUGAAAAGGACAAAACUGCUGAUCAGUCUACAGAAAAACUAUGGGAAGAGGAACCACUAGAUGGCUUCGAAGAGAAAACAGAACCAUUACAGGAAGCAUCCCGUAAUCUGACAAAUAACUCAAAUGAUACUGAGGAAAAGGAGAAAUAUAGAGGCCCGCUCGAUGUAGGAGUUCAGUCGUUUCCUGAACAAAGGGAAUACUCUCUGGAAAAUGCUGUUUUAAAGAAUUUAAAGCUCACUUUCCAAGAAGAUGUUCUUCAGUCAUCUUCUAAUCUGUGCUCAGAAAGUAGCAACCUAUACCAAAAGAAAGGUAAUAAGCCAGAAAUUGAAUGUACUUGCAAUUUAAAUGAAGAGGAUGUUGCUUAUGAUGGAGAAAAUGUAAAAAUAGCCAACUCACAAAUAGCUAUAAAUGAAAUGAAGAAAGAUGGAGGAUUUGGUAUGCGACUGGCAGGAAGUCUGAACAGAAAUACCAUAAAUUUGGAACCAGAUUCAGGACGUUUGCUACAAUCAAGUGGUCUAGGAAGCCAUUUUGGUGUCCGGCGUACUCGCUCUGAUGAUAUGAAAUCAGUCAUCCAAGAAAAAAAGCCUAAACUUACUACUGCAACAAAAUUUAAUGAGAAAACAAAACUAAAAGAAAACUUAUUCCAGAAAAGUGGUCACAAUGCCAAUAUCUCUCCAAAUGAGAUAAGACAGUGGAGACACUCCCUUCCAUAUAGUGACAAAAUAUCAAAAAUGCACCUGGAUAAAGAAUUAAAGCAAGAUGUGCAAAGAUUUAAAAAUGAGUUAGGGGUAUUGCAAGUAGAGUUCCUGGCUUUGGAGAAGGAAAAAAGACAACUACAAAAAGAGGUUGAAAAGAAAAAGCAUCAACACAAUGAAACUGAAACGUUGGAAGAAAAAGAUGGUGAUAACUUAAUUAAAACUAGAACAAUUGGCAAAGUUAAUGAGCUGUUUUCUGUGGAGAGCAAUCAGCAUGGUAAAGAUGAGGAAAAUAAAAUCCCUGGGGCAGAGAGUCCAAUAAUGAACAUUUCUUCUUCCAAGGAAAGUUCAGCACCUGUACACUAUCUUUUAAAGGGUAUGUUCUUUUAUUCUGGGACUGUCACAUCAGCGUCUAUCAAAGAAGGAGGAGGCAAUGAUUCAGUCAUGCAUAUGAAAGAAGUAAAAAAGCCUCAAAAUGAUAAAUGGAUUUCAGAGGAUCCUGGUAUUAAUUCAUCUUGUGAAAAGGUGAAUUCCUUAACUGAUAUCCUACUCCAUGUUCCUGAAGACAGUAUUUUAAGUGAAGCAGAUCAUGAUAAAGAAAGGCCUGCAAAGAAAACAUUGAAUGAAAAGAAUAAGGACAAAGUGCAGAGGGAUGCAGAUGAUCUUGAUGACCUCACUCAGUCAUCUGACACAGCUACAGAGGAUUAUAAUUUACCUCCCUUAAACUGUAAGAAUGUUUUGUUGUUGAUUGAGCAACUUAGUGUUGAUUGUAAAGAUCCUAUUAGCCUUUUGAAAAUUCAGGAUGCAAUUCUUAGAUAUGAAAGAUCAGUAGAACUUAAAAAAGGGCAUUGUACACUACUCGCUGGAAAAGUUAAGAAUUUAGAAAACAAGAUUACUGAACUACAGGAAGAAUUAUCAGAAACAAGAGAAAUGAAAUCCCAGUUACAGCAUCAAAAAGCAGAAUGGGACAGAGAACUCUGUAGCCUCAGGUUUACACUGAAGCAAGAAGAAGAAAAGCGAAUGACUGCAGAAAUGCUAUUUGAAAAAAUUAGAGAACAGUUAAGAAGAAAAGAAGAACAGUAUAGUAAAGAAGUGGAGCUAAAACAGCAACUUGAAUUCUCUCUUAAAACUCUGGACCUUGAACUGAAAAGAGUGAGAAAUAAUUUGAAACAGGUUGAAGAAGAGCGAAAUGACACUCAAAGACAACUUUCUCAGGAGCAAAGUGCCAGAGCUUUGCAGGACAGAAUUCUGAAUAAUCCUCUUUGGAAGCAGAAAGAAAUAGAAGCAGCUGCUUCCAAAAUGAUUCAGAGUUCUGAGGGUCCUGAUAGUCAUGAAAAAGAAAAAUAUCUCCUGCAUAAAAAUCAAACCCUACAGGAUGAAGUUACCAUGCUCAAAUUGGAACUAAACACAGUAAAAAUUAAGGAUCAAGAAAAAGAAAGUCAAUAUGCAGAAGAAAAUGAAGUUUUGAAAGAAAAGGUUGAUGAGCUUCAAAAGGAAUUAAGACUGAAUGAAGAAGCAUUAACAAAAACAAUAUUCCAGUACAGUGGACAAGUAAAUGUUCUGACAACUGAGAAUGCAAUGCUGAACUCUAAGUGGGAGAAUGAAAAACAAAACAGAGACAGACUAGAGACAGAAAUUGAAUCGUACCGCUCCCGUCUGACUUCUGCUGUUCGUGAUCAUGAGCGAAGUCAGACAUCAAAAUUAGAUCUUGAACAUAGCUUUCAGCGAGAACGAGAUGAGUGGCUUCGUUUACAGGACAAACUAAAUUAUGACUUGUCUAGUCUAAGAGAGAACAAUGGUAUCCUUUCUCAAGAGCUCUCUAAAGCUGAAAGUAAAGCCAAUAGUUUAGAAAAUGAGCUAUACCAUGUACGUGAUUCCCUCAGAGAAAAGACACUAAUUUUAGAAAGCACACAGAGAGAAUUAAACCAGGCCCAACAUAAAGCAAAGGAACUGGAACAGACAAAUCAAAUGGAAACAGAAAAACUGAACAAAUACAUCGUCAAACAAGAAUCUAUCCAAGAAAGAUUAGCCCAAAUCCAGAGUGAAAAUAUGUUGCUUCGACAACAGCUUGAAGAUGCUCAAAACAAAGGCAUCCUUAAAGAAAAGCUAUUGAGUGAUGCCCAGGUACAAUUUGUUGAUCUCUUCAAUAAACUUCGUACUGAUACCGAAAAACAAGUACUUAUGAUAGAAGAGAGAAAUAAAGAGUUAAUCAGUGAAUGUAACCACUUAAGAGAGCAAAUGUAUAAAUGUGCAAAUGAGAAAGCAGAAAGAGAGGGUACAGUAAGAAAACUUCAACAAGAACUUGCUGAUUCCCUAAAAAAACAGUCUAUGACAGAAGCCUCACUAGAGGUUACAUCACUUUAUCGAAGUGAUUUAGAAGAUAAGAAAAAACAACUACAGAAGGAAAUAGAUGAAACCAAAAGUAACCUUAAUUCUGAAAGGGAAAAAUUAAAGAAACUCAUUGAGUUAAAGCAAUCUCUGGAAAAUCGUCUAGAACAAGAAAUGAAGAGAAAUGAUGAAUUACAGAAAGAGCUCAGUGGAUUUGAAAAACUGUUGAAAACAACACAAAAGAAAUUAAGGGAAUAUGAAAAAGGAGAUGUUUAUGAGGAGGGACUGAAACAAACACAUUCUGAAAUGGAGAGACAAAUUAAUAGGUUAGAAAAUAAGAUUGAAGACCUUACCCAACAAUUGGAAGCAGCAUCUUCAAGAUGUAAGCAGUUGGAAUCAAUGAAUCAAAGUCUUGGAGAAGAGUUACUGUCCAUGAAAAUCUUGCAAAAGAAAUGUGACAAGCUGGAAGAGAAUAAAAGACAAUUGGAAGAAGAAGUAGUUAAUCUUAAGCAUCAUUUGGAAAUUACUAAGCUAGAAGGCAGUCAAAUAGAACAAUAUAAACGUGAGAUUGAAGAACGAGCGAGGCAAGAGAUUGUUGAAAAACUAAAAGAAGUCAACCUAUUCUUACAGAUACAAGCAGCAUCCCAAGAGAACUUAGAACAAUUAAGAGAAAAUAACGAUGCUUCCCUAAGAAACCAAAUGGAGCAACGAAUUAGAGAUCUGGAAACAGAAAUCUCCAAAAUGAAAAAGUCACAUCAAGAGUCUGCUGAGGCAGAGCGAGAGAGAUACAGACAGCUUUAUUCUGAAGAAUUAAAAAUCAGAAAAUCAUUGUCAAACAAAUUAGACAGAACUACAGAGAGGUUAGCUGAGGUGAGUGCCCAACACCUGAAUGAAAAACAAAAGAAUAAAAUUUUAAUCAACAGUUUUACUGCAAGUCCAGUUCUGGAGCCACCACAUGUUGGGAAUAUGGUCCUCAGUAGAAAUCUUAUUCCAAGAGGAAAUUUAGUAUAUUCUACUGGAAACAUAGUGUCUUCAAAAAGCAGAGUGGAGGGCUACUUGGCAAAGAUGCGGCAGGAGUUGAAAAAAAGUAUAGCCAGGGAACUUCGUGAAGGUAUGUCCAAAUUGCUGAUAAAUAAAAUGUUAUAAUUUGAUGCUAUACCUGAUUUUUAAAUAUGCUGAAAAACUCACACAAAGGUGCUGUUUCAGUGCCACCUCCCUCUUUCAACACUUUGAAGUAACCUUGGAUUUGUCUCUGCAAUUGAAGUGCAAGCUCUAGCAGAUUCUUUUAGUAAGCUAGAAGCAUAGCACAAGCCCAUAGACUGUAUCUGUUUCCAGAAGACAAGCCUGACCACUUACAGAGAGGCUUAGAUCCAGAAGGUUGAUCAGUAGGUAAUGAAGUCUUUGGCCACAGCAUCCCAUGAAACAGAAGGAUAAUUUGUCCUCAGUCCUGUGUAGCUCCUUCUGAUCUUCAGGUGUAAAGUUAGUCAACCACUUUUGGGGAAUGCAAUCAAGAAGUUGCUAGUCAAGAUUUGUUUGGACUAGAGAACCAUUGAAGUCAUAUCCAAGCCUAAGAUCCUAUUAUUCUGUUUAAUUCUGUGAUUCCACAGUGAUUUCAGAAGAGUGACGGAAAAGAGGGCAAAAGAUACUAAGAAUCCCACAAUUCAAAAACCAUCUACAAAUAUCAGUUUAAUUGUUAGAAUCUUAAUUUACAGUCUUUGUCCAGUGACCAACAGUACUGAAAGAACUAAAUAAUAUUCAUAUUGACACCCUGCUAUCAAUUUAACCAGAAAAUAGAAAGAAGUUGUAGCUAAAUGGAAGUGUGAUUCUCACAUUUCCCUCAAAUAGGCAAAUAAAAUAAUUGGCAUGGUGGGUUUCAUUGUGAAACCAAAGGCAAUACUAAACAUAAUUAAAUAGGAAAUAGAGCUCAACAUGUGCAUAAGCAAACAGACCACCAUGAACAUAAUUAGAAUUGCAGCUUAUCUACUGACUACUAUUUCAGAGGAUAAAAAAGAAAUAUUAUGUGAACAAUUUUGUGAGUUGCUCAAAAAUCAAUGUGCUUUUUAAGUAUAAUAAUAGUGACUCACCUUUGUAUAACACUUCAAACUUUUUGCAUACAUUGUCUGAUUUGAGUUUCAAAACAAGACUAUGUGGUAGGUGACUUCCAGGAAAACUUGAGUUCAGGUCCUCCCUAUGAUACAUAGUGUAUUUGAGACCGUGGGCAAGUCACUUUACUUCAAAGUGCUCAGGAACUUCCAAGAUUAAGUUGGACCAGUGACUGUUUUCAUGCUUCUCACACCCAUGAUGAAUCAUGAAUCCUAAGAGAAAUAGAAAGAUUAAAUGCAUACAUAUGUGUGUGUAUAAUAUAAUUUUUUUUUCUUCCUUUUUUCCCCCAGCUGAAUUUUCUAAUGAAUCCUCAAGAAUGCCAAAUUUGAAUCAGGAUCCUGUUUCCCUAGCAACUCAGGAAUACUUAGAGAUUUUAAAGAAAAAGUACAUGAUAUAAAGCAAGAAAUAAUGUUUGUUCAUGAAAUGAACUGUUUACAUAAUAUUUAAUCAUUUUCCAUUAAAUAUGUAAAAGUGAAAAAAAUCUAAUGUAUUAGAAAAUAUAUUGUGUCAUGAGUUUUAAUAUGUACAGUGUGCAUAUAUGUGUAUGUAAAUAUAUUUGUAUAGUUCUUUAUUAAAAACUUUAUUUCUUUAUAUUUGUAACACUGCACCCAAAAUUGUUAGUUGUUACAGGGACUCCAGAAAACACAAAAUUGACUGUAAUACUUUAGCUAUCUGUCUUUGAAGGUUUUCCUUUGUUUUCUAUUUAAUAUCAUUGUAUGUAGACCUAAGCAUUUAGUAAAUUUAAGUAGAACUAUUUUGAUAUACUGCUAUUAUUUCUGCUAUCAGUAUUUGAAUUUUAAUUUAUCUGUAACAGUGCCAUAAAAUUUAUAAAUUGUAUAUUAACUUGUAUUUUAAAUUAUUUAAAAUGACAGUGCACUUAAAACUUUUUUUGUUUUUAAACUUUAAUUAAAUGAAUCAAAUAUAUUGUUUGUCUUACAAAUUAUAUGAUAAUGAUGCUUUUCUUUAUGAAGUCUCCAGUUGCAAAACCUAGGUUCGCUCAAAUCCUAAUUUCACUAUACAUAUUUUUUCUUGAGACUGUACAGUUGGUCACACCACUACUUGAUGCUCAAAUCUGGCUGCUGCUUAUUUUUGUACUGCAAGCUAAGAAUGACUUUCAACUUUUUAAAUAAAGUCUUACUAUAUUUAUUGUAAAA